AUGAACAAUAGAAAUAAGGCGUAUUAUGGUUUGAAUGUUCAUGGAAAGAAGUGGAAGGACUUGGCAAGGAAAAACGAUCCUAAUGCCAACCAGGAAGAGCCGUUAGUCAAACCUCCCCUGGUAUGGCACGCUGCUGUCGUUGGAGCAUCACGCAUUGUGGACUACCUCAAGUCCGACCGACCAUUGGAAGCAUAUCGAUACUACGCAAUGUGUAACAGUGAUCAGUUGGCUAUAUCCCUUCGUCGUACUACCAACCUUGAAAAGGUAUUGCCACACCGCCCCCCUCGGCAAUCCUGUCUCAGAAGUUAG